CUCCCUAUCAAGAUGAGUGUCCAUUUUUCAAAAAAUAAAGGCUUAAAGGGUCAAAAGGCCCAUGAAAUUACAAAGAGAAUCGGUUCUAGGAUCUAGAAAAAAAUUUCAUCAAAUUGGGUCCCUAAUUUUUUUUUUAAUUCAAUUAAGGCCAAAUGUUGCCACGGCUCAAUUUUGUCCUAAUCACCGUUACCGCGUGGCUUUUUUAUUUAUUUUUUAAUUAAAAAAAUUAAUAAAAUUUUAAUUUUGAUUCCAAGUCAGUUAUAUAAGCAGAAAAAAAAAACUUAAUAAAAUCCUCAGAAGAGGAAAGAAGAGCACAGAAGAGGAAGAAGAACACGAUGGGUUUGAUGGUGUUGGAAGCUAUGCUCCCUCUGGGAAUAAUAGCAGGAAUGCUUUGUGUCAUGGGAAAUGCUCAGUACUACAUUCACAAAGCUGCUCAUGGCCGAGUCUGUAUUCACAAAGAUUCAAUUUUUCCCAAUUUUUCGUUACAAGCUUCGAUUUUGAUUUGUGGGUAUUUUUUGUUUCCAUUCUUUGUUCUGAAAAAUUGGAUCUUUUUUCAGCCUAAGCACAUCGGGAAUGAUAUGUGGGAUGUCGCCAUGCAACGAAGGGACAAGAAGAUGGCUUAA